AUGCAGGCUUCGCUGCAUGAGGCGGCCUCAGGUUCAACAGACAGAGAUGUCCAGGCAAAUGGCUUGGAAUUCGACGCGUCAGAGCGGCUUCGGCUCAUGCAGAGUGGCUUGCCGCUUUGCAUUUUCUUGGAGUCGUCAGAGGUGGUGGCGAUAAAGCCUCCGGCUCCUCUUUACAUAUUUGUUCCGCGAGUUUCGUACUUGCCGACACUUAUAGACAAGUGCCACGAGCACUUCAAGCCGUACAUCCAGCCGUCCUUUGGCCAGCCAGCAUCGCCAUUCUUCGACUUUGGCGGAAUACCGAUUGACUGGCGGCUGCCGAUUGGCGUUGCAUUCGAUAUAUUGAGUGCUAUGAAGGGAGGGAUCAAAAAGCGGCUGGCUGCUUCUGUUGAAGAUGGCUCUGCAGUAGAUGCGGGUUUUCGUGAACUUGCGGCGUGUGGGUGUGACGUGCAACUACCCUGGUGUUUGACGAUUCACUUCCAUGGCUCUGCCUCUAGCUACCUCAGCGGGGGUUCCAACAAGGUGUUUUCUUCCCCCGGGUUCGUUGGCUGGGCGGGUUUUGAGAGUUUCUUCAUCAAUUCCCUUAAACAGGCGACGUACAUUAUCAACGGUUCUGCAGUGCCUUUCCAGCGACUUCCGAAAGCCGCUGAAAUGCAACUUCUUACCGCUUCCCGUACGGGAGCGAUUGCCGAAUUUCUCGACGGUUGCAGUCAGUUACUGCCGCCUAUGUCACCCAAACAUUUUCGACGCAUUCCUGUGAGGAUGUAUAUUUGUGGGCCUCCGUGCUUUGAACUUUCUCUGAGCUUCCCUUGCUUCCAAACCCACAGAUUCUCUACUCCAGCAAACACCCUCGACGACGUCGGCAACCCGUUCGCACCCAGCGGAAGCAGUUCCAGCCUCAGCAGCGGGCAGGAGGGAACAGCUUCAUCUGUUCAUGAUGCUCCAUCCUGUGCUGCUGCUGCUGCACCCCGUUACCCUCGAGGCCCCAACACCGCUUCUGAGACAGGGGCUCUCUCCACACUGGGCGACCUCGUCCACUACGUGUUGCCGCAGCUGUUUCCCAAGGUGACGCGCAGCAGCUCACAGCAGACGGCAUCCCCAGCAGCAGCAGCAUCAGUAGCAGCGGGAGACAACUGCGAUCCGCUGGAGGAACAGCUCCGCAAGAAGCAGCAGGUAAUUGAAGAGCCCGGAUGUGAUAUAGGCAGGCGGUCAUGUUGUGUCAUCGUUCACGGCAUUCAGCCGCUCCUGCAAACCCCUCUCUUCUGGCUAGCUGCCACCGCCCCUCAGCUAGAUCUCUUUCUGCAUAUUGUUGUUCUCGUCGAUGAAGCCCUCAUGGGGAGUAUAGAGAUCCCUUAA